UGUUGAAGGUGAGAGAAAACUGCUGGCGUCGCAUGCAACUUCGCAUCACUUUUUCCGGAUCAAGUUGUAUUUGUUUUCACAUUUCGCCGUUUUCGAGAUAGAUAGACAGCAAUAAAAUCAAAGAUGGCAAUGGGAGGGCCGGACCGCGACGCCAUUUACCGUGAAAUCGAUGAACCUAUCAAUGUCAGGAAGCUGUUCUUGGGUGGGCUCAGAAGCCAAAGUUCAGAGAGACAUCUGUAUGAAGCUUUCCUCCCGUUUGGCCACAUCGUGGAUGUCCUCAUGGUCCGAGGGCCAAACCACAAACCCAAAGGCUUCGGCUUUGUCACCUUCAGCAAGGCGUACAUGAUGGAAGCGGUCAUCACUGCUCAUCCCGAUAUGCGAGUGAUAGUUGACGGAAAGAGCGUGGAGAUAAAGAGAAUAUCAGAAGGCGAACCCAGCCGUUCCAAAGCUGCGUUAUUAAAGGCUGCCAUACCCAAUGAGAACACAAAUCGGAUCUUUGUGGGUGGUAUUCCCGAAAACACCACGGAGGCUGCCAUGAUCGAUGCUUUCGGCAAAUUCGGGGAAGUAGUAGAAGUUGAGAUCCCACCCAACGAGAAGAAUGGAAAGCCAAGAGGAUUUGCCUUUGUCACCUUUGCAACUAAGGAGAUUGUAGGGGAGGUUGUAGCAACAAAAUAUCACACUUUCCUUGGGAGGAAGGUAGAGGUGAAGAGAGCUAUUGAAAAAGAGCAACUGCGGAGAGACACAGCACCCCCUAUCCCCGAUCCAGCUAACAAGUCUGAAGGCAAGGGUAAAGGAAAUCAGGGAGGAGGAGGUUAUGUAAGAAGAGGAGGAGAAGGUCACGGAAGAGGAGGUGGAGGUGGUCGAGGAGGGAGUGGUGGUCGAGGAGGAGGAGGUUGGGGUGGUCGAGGAGGAGGAGGGCAUCAAGGGGGAGAUCGUGGAGGAGGUGGCAAUUGGGGCCCUAAUGGUGGUGGAAGAGAUUUUGGAAGAGACCAUAUGAGGGGCAUGUAUGAUGGUCCAGGGCGAGGUGGACCAGGCAGGGAUUUUGACCGAGGUUAUGAUAUGGAUAGACCACCUUAUGACAUGGGACCAGAUAGACGCAUGGGGAUGGGUCCAGAUAGGCCAAUGGGCCAUCGGGGACCUAUGGAACAAAUGGGACCACGAGGAUCCAUGGGACGAGAAGGGCCAAUGGAUCGAGGGCCUAUGGGAAUGGAUCGAGGGAGAAUGAUGGAAAGGGGGCAAGGCAUGGGUCCAAGAAGACCAGCAGGACCAGAUGUGCCUGGAAUACCAGGAGACUCAAUGGGAAUGGGACCAGGUGGACCAAGAGAAGGGAGAGGACCUGAACCAGGAAGGGGAGGUCAAGGAUUUGGAGCUAUGGACAAAUGGGAUGAGGCAAUGUUCGAUAGCAUGCCUUCAGAUGAGAUGCUGAGAAAACAGUUUGGAGAUAGCCCCAUGGGCAUGGACUUCCCAGGCUUUCCUGGAGAGGGACCAUCGUCUCGCCCGGGUGGAUCAGGAGGAAUACCAGGAGGGAUGCCAGGAGGGAUGCCAGGAGGGAUGUCAGGAGGGAUGCCAGGAGGGAUGCCAGGAGACUUCAGGAAGGAGAUGAGCGAAGUAGAAAGGGACCUAGAAAGCUCUAAGAGCAAGAUGAAGGAGUAUUACCGCACCAUGUACAUGUGGAAGCUCAAAUGGUACAAGAUGAUGAAGACCUGGACAGCAGCCAAAGCUGCUGUCGCAGCAGAGGCAACUGUAAGUGGCAUGGAUGGUAGUCCUUCCAGAGACUCCUUCCCAUCGACUCCUUCCAGGGACUCCUUCCCAUUGACUAGCAAGCCACAAGGUAGUGCCUAUGACACCAUGAAGAGCCAAUGGGAACAAGUGCAUGGUCAAGCACCAGCUCAAGUAACGGCUCCAGCGCCAGCUCAAGCACCGGCUCAAGUGCUUGGUCAAAUGCCAGGUCAGGGAGCAGUGGGUGGCGGAGGUGGAGACCGUUACAGAGGUCCAUCAGAAGAUUUUGGAGGGAGAGGCGCUGGUGGCAGCUAUGGAAACCAAGGUCAAGCUGGUAACUAUGGAAACCAUGGUCAAGCUGGUAACUAUGGAAACCAAGGUCAAGGUGGCAACUAUGAAAGCCAAGGUCAAGCCACCAACUACAGCAGUCUUGGAUCCAACUAUGGCAGUACGCCUUCUAGUUUUGGACCUGUGAAGAAGGAACCUAGUUACCCUGGAGCGGGAGGGCCAUAUGGAGGAGGAAUGUCCGGAAUAUGAGAAGAAACUUACCUGGACACUCUAAGAAUCCAGUGGAAUAGAUUGCAUUAUGUUAGCCUUCCAGCCAUCCAAUGAUCCAACACCUUAGCCACUAGCCAUCUAAUGCAUUUUGAGUACUAUUUUGAGUACUGUCCUUGAGAACUUGGCUACAGCUUGUGACCUAGGUGAUCACAAGGAACCACACACAGCAUAGUGCUGUAAAUCAUGGUAUUACUGCUAGACUAGUGCCAUUCAUAGUUUAUAUAAACUCAAUUAUGUAAUACAGAAGGAGAAAGAAAAGACCUUAUUCAAUGACAGAAGUUAAACUUGAGCUUUGGUUUACGCUUUGUUUAGAUGUGAACUAGUGAACUUAGAUCUCUAUUUUGGGUUAAAAUGUGUGUGGUACGAACCAAAGAAUCUAGCUCCUGAUUUACCUGAAUGAGUUCUAUCUGUCACUUGGUUGAAAUCAGCUUAGUAUCAGAAAGCGAGACCUCGACUUCAACCCAUCAUUAGGUUUUCUUGGUUGAAGGCGAGUUUAGUAUAGUGACAACCUAGACCUCAACUUAAAAUCUAGUUUUGGGUCCAAGUUUGGUAACGUGGAUCUAAAACUUUUAGCUACUGAUUCUAGUGUAUAUAUUGGCUAUUGCUUGUUCGUUGAAUGCUUACUCAAAUAGUGCUUUGUGAAACCCAAGGAUGGUCUCCAACCAUUUUGUUUCCAUCAUGUCUUCAAGAAAAUCCUAGUCAAUAUAAAAAAUAGAAUUUGUAAAAGGCCAAGAUAGGCAAACAUCUGGGUUAACCAUAUGAUAAAGGGUGACAUGUAAAUUGUUACCCCUAAAGAAAAUAAAAGAACUGACAUUUUAAAAGCUGCUUGACUACUUCAGAAAGCACAGAAAUAGGCAUAUUCUAUCUUCUAUGCAAUCACUGUUGUUUACAAAUAUAAAUGAUUGCUCAUAUGCACACUACUUGGUUAGAUGUAACUGUAGUAGUUUUUCAAAUGCAUAUAUUUUUAUACUCAUUUUUUUUAUGUAGUCACACGAUGCAUGAUUGACCACUAGAAGAACAUGAUUUUAAUAAACAGAUACAUCUACUAUACCACUAGCCUAUGCUAAGUAUGAACUAGUUAGCUGACAUUCUAGGCUAGCAAUAUAUAUAGCUACCCUGAGGUGAAACACAUGUGAAUACCAACUUACCAAGGUUUGAAUUAUGCUUGUUUAGCAUAAAUAUUGCCAUAUAACUAGAUCCUACGAUAUGAAUUAAAAGAUGUUAUCAAAAUGUGUAUCUGCUGGUGUUGUAUCAAAAUCAUGGAUUUGUACAUAGAUUCCUGUACUGGUCAAAGAGAUUUUUAAAAUGACUGUUUAAGGGCUAUGUGAAAAAGAAUGUUUUAUGUCAUUAGCCUAAGAAUAUGAUUAGCUCUGUAAGACUAGUCCAUGUUACUUUAUUGUUCACCAAAAUCAAAGUGGCAUUGUGUAUGAAUAGUAUGUUUGCUCUAAAACCAGGCUAUGCGGGUUGAAUAUAUUCUGCUUUAGAGUUUCUAUGUACUACUAGCUUUAAAGGUUUUAAAAUCAAGCAUUUUUACCGUCACAAUUGUACUAUUACUAAAAACAUGUUUGCAUUGAUGGACAAUGCAAAUUGUUGUUUUUAAUUCAGGCUUAUGGGGAUGAAAAAUUUAGCACUAGCUCCUUUUUUAGGCUACCAGUAGGUCUAUAACAUAAAAAUCAGAUUGAUUACUCAUUUUUAUUUCCAAAAAAUACCUGGAAAGGUACCUUUUUUUUGGGGGGGGGGGGGUCAUGUGAUAAAAGCUAAACCUAUGAGAUAUUUUUAGUUCUAUUUUGAAAGUGUUAAACAAAGAAAAUCAGAGCAGUAAGUUGGUGUCUUUAAAAAAAAAUCAGAUGAGAUGUAUAUUAUUUCAAUUUGGUCAAUUCAUAUACCUUUAUUUUCACUUGUACAUGUGAAUGUUCGAUUCUGUAUGUAGCAGGUAUGUACAUGUAAGCUGUUACUUAUUUAGCUUGUGCUAAUGACAUGUUCUGCAAAGAGCAUUUCUGUCUGGCAAGUGUAGUGAUUUUCCUACCAUUUAGAGUUCUAUCACAGUAACUGAUUAUGAUUACUACUAGGUACAAUGACCAUAUUGUUCAGAGCGAUAUGCCAUUAGAUGAUAUUGAUAAUACUGUCAUAACUAUAUUAGAUUAUAUUAGAUUGUAUUUCCUUUCAAAGAGGUGGAGCUAGCUUUCUAUUUCUAUAUUCUUACCCCUCUUUAGCCCUAUUACUAGCAUAUUUACCUUGUAGGAAAUUUUACUGUUGAAAGUCGCUUCAACAGUGUUUUUAGUUUAUUUUAAGGGUUCUUCUCUUUGUUAGUGUCUAGUUAUCAUUUUACCUUUAUUGUUCAUCAACUUUUGUUACAUGUCAUGUUUUUCCUCUGUAAAUAAUGAAUUGUUGUCUUGUAUUUCAGGAUCUCUCAUCAAUAAAUCAUUGACUGAAAAGUAAUGUUUCACUGAA